GGCUUCCCUGGCCCAGGGUAACCCAGCCGUGGGGUUAGGACUGGCCUAGGGAAUCGACCCUAGACCACUUCUAAUAACCCUAGCUUGUUGAGGACACCAUAAUGCGCAAAUGUGAGGUGACGCCGUGGCUCAAAUUUUCGGCGCAUGCGGAGCCCGCUGUUGAGUCGUUCUGGUGGGAAAGUGUCCAGGGUGGCUGACCGAGAAGACCGGGGCAAACGAGACAGCGCCGAGCGUGAACCAGGUAGCCGUAGAAGACAUAUAUUGGAGCGCUAUCAUGUUUACAUGUACGCUAGGGGCGCUCUCGUAGGCAUGAGCGCUCGCGUCGAUCGAAUGGGGCAGGGGUGAGGUGUAUGCGCGUCUGCUCGAGGCUUCGCGUUGGUUGGUGAUCUGAGGGCUGGGUCAGAUUGCAUGGUGGGCACUCACCUGUCG